CCUUUCAGUGGGGGACGCAGAGCUCUCAGCGCCUCGAACCUCCUGACCUGGGGCAUUUCGCUUCAACAUCCUCUUCUUCCCUCAUGCCGAACGGGAUUCACUCGAUGCUUCAGCCUCGACAAGCCGCUCUGCUCUACCCUGCGCCAGUGUGUCUGUUCUCCGAGUCGCGUCCUGCGUUUUGCCGCUUGCCGUCCCUCUGAGCUGUUCGAUUGCGGCCCAUCAUCUUGUCUCACGUGCCAGCCGGUCGCGCCAAUUCUUCGGACAGCACGGUGCCUACUAUCACAUUUUGUUGAGCGCCUCUGCCUCUGCCGCCGUCUCCUCUGCCAACCCCGAAAGAAUGUCGCUGGAUCUGGAAAAGCACUUGACGUUUUAUGGCGCAUACCACCAUAACAGCGUCAAUGUGGCCAUUCAUAUGAUCUGCGUGCCUCUGCUCCUCGUAUCAGGAUUUGCUUUGGCCACGUAUACGGGUACGCUCAUUCACACGCCCAGCUGGUUAACCGUCCCAUAUCUGGAUCUCAAUCUUGGCACCAUCGGCGCUUUCCUCUAUGCAUCGCUCUAUCUGCUGUUAGAGCCGGUAGCGGGCUUUGUUUUGGCUGCUUUCUGUAUCGGUAGCACAGCUUUCGUCAACUCAUGGCACCUUCGUGAUCCUACUUUGACCUUCCAGGUUGCCCUUGGAGUUCACAUCGUUUGCUGGAUCGCACAGUUCAUUGGCCAUGGAGCUUUCGAGGGUCGCGCUCCUGCUUUGGUGGACAACCUCAUCCAGGCCAUCUUCCUGGCGCCCAUGUUUGUCUGGCUAGAGAUGCUUUUCAAACUUGGGUACCGACGAGAGCUUCAGGCCCGCGUCGAGAAAGCCGUCGUCAAGGAGAUUGCCAAAUUCGACGCCGCAUCAAAGAAUGGCAAGGCCAACUAAACCGGUGCUAGCUGAGAGAUAUGAGCCCUGGGCCACAUAUCUUUGCCCUAGCUAGAUAUUUCGAGGCCCCUCAAAUCUUCUAGCAAUCAUGCUUAACCUGGGCUUUUCCCCCAUUUCGUCAUCAGUCAAUCCACGCCACUUUAACUUUGGAUGAGAUACAGCCUCUGACGAAAGGCCUCAGGUUCCCAAUUCUCACAUCACAUUAACUCAAACAGACACAAUUUAAUAUUGCAAGCAAGCGCUCUCAAUCGCACUUUCAUAUGAGCCAUAUCUGCAAAAAGUUUCCCCCCUUUUUUUUUCUAUAUUGUCGGUAUAGUCGAGGCACCCCAAAAUUAUCAGGAGAAGUGAGCUUUGGCUGCGCUUUAUCGGAGAUGCAGACAAGGGCAUAGUAUAAUAUUGUUUUUCCAACCCGCUUUUCGUAUUAGUUAACAGCUGUAAGCUGAUGCAGUAGUAGCCUAGAAAAAAAUUAUUAAAAUUAUAUUACCUCAUCUCCC